AUGGAGGAUGAAUACAAACAAUAUCAAAGCCAACUUGCAUUAGUAAAAAUUUCCCUCGAAAAGGACCCCGCUAAUCAAGAAUUACUUGCUUUACAAAAUGAUUUAGAUGAAUUAGUUCACUUGACCCAACAGUUAAUAAAUGAAAAAGAGCAAGAAACCCAAAAGCAAAAAAAAUUGGAAGAGAAUGGACAGUCAACAACAGGCUCAAAAUCUUUGGCCAAUGCUCAAAAAUUAGAAUUAUUCCCUGGCGAUUUGGUAAUGGCAAGGUGGACUUCGGGAGACUACUCUUUCUAUGCUGGAAAAAUAACAGCCAUAUCAGGACACGGUGCCAACAAAAAAUAUACAAUUCAGUUUUUGGAUUAUCCCGAAGUUGAGACAGUAUCCCCUCAAAACUUAAAGGCCAUGCCUGAAGCGAAACGCAGGAGUAUAGCUAUGUUAGGCUCUUCUAACAAUGCUCUUCGUGCUGGCCUUUCUCCUAUCCCGACCGCAUCUGUGGUUCCUUCUCGUAGUAUUUCACCGAAUUCUUCUUCUAAAACUCAGCCUUUUAAGGCCUCUCCGGAACGUGUGUUUUCUCCAACAACCAGUGCUCCUCCCUCAAAAGUUGUCCCUGUAGGUUCAAUACCCACCACCUCAAGACCUCCUCCUCCGACUAUUGUCCCCGAGCCUCCUGCAAUUGCUACACCUCCUCCGCUUCCUUCUCAAAAGCCAAAGAAGCAACUCAAACCCAAUGCCGCCUUGGAAGCUUCUAAGAACUCUUGGAAACAGUUUGCCUCAAGGGGUGUGAAAACAGGACGAAUCGGUAAACGGAAAAAAAUUGGAGAAACUAGUAUGUUCCGCAGUCCUGAAGAUGCUGCUGAUCGAGUGGGAUUCAUGGGAGGCAAUCGAGGUUCUACCAAAGCUGCCCCACGAGAAAAACAUGUAUAUAAAUAUAAGGAGGACGAGGAUAAUGAAUAA